GUCGAAAUUUCCUUUGGAUGCAUCGAAUUCUAAAUUUUUGAUACCAUGCAGACAAAUAGAGUACCUGAGCAUGUUUAUAUGGCGCCGGAAAGGAAUUUUGUAUACAGAAACAAUGCUAUACCUGCAUAGAUCCUCGGGUACCAUUGAUCUACAAUUUUUGUAAACAUCCGCAGCCGAAAUACGGUUCCUGGACAGAUCAUGUUGAACCUAACCACAAUCCCAGAGGAAUUGGUGCAUAGGAUAUGCUCAGAGCUCUGCUUGUCCGAUGUCUAUGAGCUGCGGGCCACAUGCACAUAUCUACAAACUGUGAUUAGUAACACGCCGGUGAUGAAGGACCUGCGAGUGCAGGGAUGGGAUCGGUUUGAGCGUAUGCGGAGUGUGUUUCCUCGCGUAUCCGUCGCUCUAGCGUUGGGAUCAGAGGACUACGUGGAAAAUGUGGAUGCGUUGAUGGCGAAGCAUGCGUGCUACAUCAACGGGCUAGAUCUCUACAAUAGCCGUUUGGAUGAGGUGUCCAACUUCGUCCAUCUGCUGCGUGGCAUUCAAUCCCUCGACAUAAGCUUCAAUAAUGUGCAAAGCUUCCCUAAUUGGCUGUGCCACCUGCACACCUUGCGAAUCGGCAGUAAUCCACUGCGCAGUUUGGACGCCAUUUGUCGAUUGACAUCACUGCGAUUACUCGAUCUGUCGUAUCUGACUCGCCCGUCCGAUGUGCUGACCGAGGCGCAAACAGGUCCACUAAGCAAUCUCAAGCAGCUGGCCACGUUGUCUCUGGCUGGCAAUGCUUUGUUGACGAUCCCGUCGUUUGUGUCGAGUUUGUCGCGGCUGAGCACACUCUACCUGCAGGAUAACAACCUCACAUCGCUGCUGCCGCUCGCAUGCGUACCUACACAACCGCAUAAGCUCAUACCCACACAAACACGCACGUAUGGCACCUACGCCAUUGACAAGUGUAUGCGGCUUGUAGGUGCGCAGUCGUUGCCACACUUAGAAAGCACCGCAACAUACAGGCCAGCACAUGCUGCGAGAACACAUACGGAGGAGGUGGACACAGACGUACGCGACACCAGAAGGGAUGACGUACAUGACGCAGUCUCUGAUAGCACUGUAAGAGAAUCCCCGUCCACCGGCUGUGCGUCUAAUGAGCAGCCCACAGUUAGGCAACCGCUUAGGGGCCUGCGCAAAAUCAAUAUUAACUCCAACAAGAUUGCAGCCUUACCAGCGGAUAUGAGUGUGUACCACCCACACUUGCAUGUGCUGCUGGCGAGUGACAACCGAUUGGAAACGUUAGACUCGCUGGUGCAGCUGCGUGAGCUGAAGGAGCUGGACGUGAGCAGCAACUGGCUGACGUACAAGAAGCACGAGCAAUCGGUGAAGGAGAAUGAGGUGGUGUACCGGACUGUGCUUAACGACUGUCCACACGGUAAGUGCUUAGAUGAUGCACCUGGUGCUGGGGGUGCCAGCGGGCUCACCUACACGCAAGCUUGGAAAUUGGCUGGCAACAAGUCGCAGCUCAGACUGAAUGAGCCGCGUGUGUACCAAAUGCUGCACAGUCUACGAACAAGAGACAUGCGAUACAAUCACACCGAUAUAGAGAAGUGGAUGGAGUGGCAAGCGACAGAGGUGCAUAGCAGGACACAGGUGCAUAGCAGGACACAAUUGAGCGCACCAGAUUGGAGACACUCCUGUUCACAAAUGCUUUCAGUCGAUGCUGAGUGUCUGAUGGAUGCAGAGGCAAUUGCGAGUUCGCUUUGCUCAUCGUGUAGCCGUUGUUGCUGCUGCAGUUCUCCCUGUACCUGUGAGUGCAAAACAUCAAAACAGAAAGAGAAGGAGGAAUACGCAAAGAAAAAGAAAGAAUACGGGGUCGUGGAGCGUGUGUGGUACGCAGAGGCAACCGUGCUCCGCAGUGGCCCCAGUUCAAAUGUAGAACAAACUAGCAAUACAAUAUUAGAUAGUCUUGGCCAUGGCCAAUUAGAUGCGACGAAUCGUGCUGCGUAGGAGCCACGUGGCUACACAGAAUCCCGCGCAACAUGUGCCGUCACUCAACUCAUUGAACGUAGAAUGUCAUGGACCCAGGGGGAUUUUCAGAAUAAGUGUGGCCGUGAACAACCCAGAAUCGAGCCUCGAGCGUUUUAUUUUGACGAUAUGGACGGUUUCAUUUUACCUUCAGUCGGCACAACUCGACACAACUCCCGUAUGAUUCCCCAGAGAUUCAUUUGAUAGACGCAAUAGGAUAGUUCCAUUGGAGAAACAGCUCAAUUGGGUGUGGUGAGCAUGCACAUGCUCAACAAAGUUGAUUGUAUAUUCUUCUCCGAUAGCCUGUAUGCCAGCUAUUGGGGCAGAACUUUAGAGGUAUGCCACUAGGCGUACGGCGUCAAACUCCAAUAUUAGAUAUUUCACUAUCCAUUCAGAGCUAAAAAUAACACAAACAGCUAGAUGACCCUGAAUGAACAGAGUCGAUUGGCCCUCGGUGAUUAAAGCAGAGUCUGCUGAACUCGCAUAUGAGGGGUGCUCUGUAGCUGGCAAUGUCGCGAAAGGUGUCCCCCAGACUAAAUUGAUAUCCCGUACGCCCAGAUUAUCUCUUAAUCACGUCAUCCGGCCAUAGACUACGUUGCUCCUCAUUCUUUAUCUGCAGCACAACACUCGUCUAGUUGUUACGAAAUCUCUUUAAUAAAUGGAUGCUACCGACCAGUCAUUAAGCG